UCACAACUCUGCAAAACUCAUUCUAACACAGUGUUCUCAAAUCAGCAUAUUACAGUUUCUGGAGGCAAUUUAUGCAGAAACCAACUUUCCUGUUCUUCCAUGAAGAAGUACACUGAUAGCCUGAAAUUUGUUUAAGCUCACCACUUGCUUUAUUUACAUUGGUUAUAAUUUGGCUCGAAAUUCUGAGGAAUUCGCUUAUAUACCCCAGUGAUUGGGACAUACCUAGACAUCUGGUUCUGCCUACUUUUAGUGAGUCAUGUCUGGGAGAGGUAAAGGCGGUAAGGGGCUCGGCAAGGGAGGAGCUAAGAGACAUCGCAAAGUCCUGCGUGACAACAUACAGGGUAUCACGAAGCCAGCUAUCCGACGUCUAGCUCGACGUGGUGGUGUGAAGCGUAUUUCUGGACUUAUAUAUGAAGAGACUCGUGGUGUUCUGAAAGUGUUCUUGGAGAAUGUGAUCCGUGAUGCGGUUACUUAUACUGAGCACGCGAAGCGGAAGACGGUGACGGCUAUGGAUGUUGUGUACGCUUUGAAACGUCAAGGCCGCACAUUGUACGGCUUUGGUGGUUAAUCCGUGAAAUAUGAUACCUGUAUCCUGCUGGGAUAUUCAUGGCUGUUCUUAGAGCCAACACGUUUUGAUGUACAGACUUGAGUUUCACUUCAUUGUUUUGUCAUUUAUCAAUGCUUGAACCAUUGUAAUGCUCCAGUUACUGGUAUGUUUCAUCAUGAAUAAAAGUCAUAUAUAUUCUCAA